GCCCAAAAUUUCCUGGGCAGACUGGAUCAUCGUCGAAAAAAAGAUUAAAAAUUCAAGAAAACCCCUGAACCCUCCCACUGCUUAUUUCUGCUUCUUUGAUCUGCUGAACCCUCAAACCAGGUUUAAUAAUUCGGUUAAAACGAGGAAAAAAUGCCGUUGGGACUGAUAUUAGGGAUAGGAAGGGCGUUUCGAAGGAAGCGUACCUCAUCGCUCCACAUUCUCUCGUCGAAACGAGCCCCACGAGAUUACUACAAGGGAAAGAAUUGCAAGUCUACUGGUUUCCACACUCGCAAAGGUGGGUAUGUUCUGAUGCAGGAAAAGUUGCCAAACUAUGUGGUUCCUGAUUUGACUGACUUCAAGCUCAAACCUUAUGUAUCCCAAUGCCCAAGAGAUAUCAAAACCACAGAGGCUGCUGGAUUAAGUAAAUAAUCAGAUGGAGUGAGAAGAGUUGCUUGAUCUUGUGUCUCAUCAUCUUACUGCAGUCAUGUUAAACAAUUUACAACACGUAGUGUCCGAUGAUGAGCUCGGGGUCUUGGCAGUUCUCUAUUUUUGUGCUAGUUUCUAAACCAUUUAACCAUUGGGUGUAGUAGUGAGAUAUGGUUGAUUAAGAUUAAUAUACGACAUUUCAACAUAAUCUAUUGGACAGCAUUUCUAUGAUUAUAUAACAUGUUAUUGCUGACACCCAAUAGGGAAAUCUGGACACAUAAGCAAUAAGAUGAUGCUGUCUUGAACAUUUAAUGUUAAUUCUCAAAAAUGUCUAAAAUUUUCAAUUUUCUUUUUCGAGAUGGCAGGUUGUAAAUUUGAAAUUCUUUUCCAGGACCUUCAACUAUGUUUCUUCUAAAUUUGUUUCACAAUAUUCUUGCAUCAAAUUCUCAAGUUUACGGUGGCUAUCCAAUGGUUUUGUGGUUUAGCAAUCAGCAUGCACCGUCAAGCUUAAAAAAGUAACCAUAAUCGGAGUUCAUAUUUCGUUCUUUGUUCAGCUUUUAUACAUUUGGUUUUAAGUAUGUUCUUCCUGAAUGUACACAUUGCCGACAUACGAAUUCUUUAGUACACAGGUUCGACAACUCGACAUGCAUAGAGUUUUCUAGUUCUAGAGUCCAAUAAUAAUGUCAUUAAAAUCAAACACAACGGCUGGCCAGGGAAAUGGGAGAGCAUGUCCUUCGGCCCCAACUGCAGGAAACUUUGGAAGAGAGGGAAAUUUAAGCAGAGUCACAAUAUUACAGGUGUAGUGUCACGGGCUAA